GGCGGGGCUUGGCUCCCAGCCAAUCGGCGGAGAAGACCGAGUCGCCGAAGGCCAGUUGCGCGCGGGCGAGGAGGCGGCUUCUUCCGGCCGAGCUGUGGCGGCGGAGGUGCGGGUUGAAGGACGUUAGCUGCGGUGUUUCUGGCGAGAUUGAAAUCAUGGCAGGUCCAGAACAUGAUGCCCAGUUCCAGUUCACUGGUAUCAAAAAGUAUUUCAACUCUUACACUCUCACAGGUAGAAUGAAUUGUGUACUGGCUACAUAUGGAGGCAUUGCUAUGCUUAUCUUGUACUUCAAGUUAAGGUCUAAAAAAACGCCAGCUGUGAAAGCAGCAUAAUUGUUUUGGGGAUCAGACCCAGGGCAUUGUGCAUACUAGGAUUUUACAGUGUCUGACCUCAUCUGUUAAGUCCCAUGCCUGGAGGAGCUAAUAUCAACUCAUCAUGUAAUACUCAAUUUGUACAAUAAAUUAUGAACCUGGAAAA